AGGCUCACACGUUGUUUACGUUGACGUCACGGGUCUCCUUGGCAACUGAACUUGACAGCUGUUCGCCAAAGAAACAUUGUCAGGGAAGAUGUUAAUCCACUCAGACUGAUUGUGGACCUCAACAGCAACCAGGGAAACAUGGGCCUGUUGUCCAUUCUACGGAGGCUGAAACAGUCCCCAGACCAGGAGGUGCGCUUACUCUUGUUAGGUCUUGACAAUGCUGGGAAGACCACUCUGCUGAAACAGCUGGCAGCUGAAGAUAUCAGCCACAUCACCCCAACACAAGGCUUCAAUAUAAAGUGUGUUCAGUCCUCUGGCUUCAAGUUGAAUGUUUGGGACAUUGGAGGUCAGCGCAAGAUCCGUCCUUACUGGAGGAACUACUUUGAGAACACAGAUGUGCUGAUCUAUGUGAUUGACAGCUCGGACAAGAAAAGGCUUGAAGAGACAAGCCUGGAGCUGGCUGAGCUGCUGGAGGAGGAGAUGCUUGCUGCCGUGCCACUGCUAAUCUUUGCUAACAAGCAGGACCUGAUGACAGCCACCGCGGCCUCUGAGCUGGCAGAGAGUCUCAAUCUGCACACAAUCCGGGAUCGCAUGUGGCAGGUCCAGGCCUGCUCAGCAGUCACUGCUGAGGGAAUUCAGGAUGGGAUGACCUGGGUUUGCAGAAAUAUAAAGUUUCGGAAGAAAUAAUCGAAGAAGGAAAGGAUCCACGAAGAAUUGCAGCUGCACUUUACAUAUAAUGCAGUUAUUUUUACAUCAGGACGAGAAGCUGACAGAUUGUGUUAUUUUUUUAAAGACCAUCACUUAGCAUUAUGAAAAAUAUUAUUAAGUCUUAACAGUGAUUCAACACGUUAGCUUCUAAGCCCUGUCAAUGCACAUCUUUCAAAUGUAAAUACUGUGUAAAGGAUGUUUUGUUCAAACUGCUGACUCUGCAUGCAUUGUGUGUAAUGUGGUGUUUUUUAAUGUGUAGGUAUGGAGACAGAUGGGAGUUGCAUGCCUGUGAUUCUCAUUAGUUGAAGCUAGAGGGCGGUCUUGUGCUGGCUUUGUCUCUCCCUGCCUGAUGCUCAAUUAUUAACAUUAUCUGCUUCCCGUCAGUGAUGUGGCUUCCUGUGCCAUAUUUGAUAUGUUCAUUCACAAUCCCCGAAUAUUUCUGAACUCAACACUGUAUGUUCUUCUGCCAACAGAGAUGUCAAAUGGAUUAUAAACCAUCUACAAAGACAUUAAUCAACAGUCAUUUGUUUGCUCAUAAUUUGUUUUAAAGGUCUAACACUUUGUUGAUUUUGACUUCUGCAAUGAACAAGCAAUGAAGGAAUAAAACAUUAAAAGAAACAAAAGAGAAAGAAAACCCACUGUGCCUCCAUGGCCUCACUCUGUUCUGCUCAAAGAAAAUCUGUAUCCAAAGUGCACUUGCACAUGCACGCAGAAAACACACCUCAACACAUCUCGCUCAAUACACGCAGCAAACAGUAAAGAAACACCUUGGCCAUUCAAUUACUCAACUUCUCACCUUGUUCACAACGCUUUACCACAAGCCAAUUGCAGUUUCCGUCCAUUUUUCUAUUUUGUCUUUUGCAGCACAUUUGCCACAAACCCCACUAAUCUGCACUGGCCGAGUGAUCCGCAGUGGUCCUAUAGGGAAUUUACAUACAAACCUUUUCCAGGACUAAUAGCUCUCCAAUAGGAUUUGCAUUUAUAUAGCCCCCUUCAUACUAACAUGAUUUGGAGCCUUUGCCCAUGAUAAAAAUAAACCUUCUCCUUUGGCCUUGAGUUACUGCCCUGCUGCUGCUGCUGUGUGCACAUGUGUGUCCCUCUCCGUGUGCAAGGUUGGCUGAUUUUAAUAUGUCAGAGCUGCUUGAUCCUCCGAUAGAGGCUGAAACAAGUGCAGAAAGCCUCAGAGUGGACCUCAUAAUGGUUCAGCUGUCAGUGUGGGCUUUGGUCUCAUGCAGGAGUGUGUUUUUAUGCAUACGGGACAUUUGAAUAAUGUUGAAACAGCACUAAGGGACACUUGAUCAGGGCAAAGAGGUAAACGAUAAGCUCUAAACGGACGGGGGAAAAAGGGAGACCCACAUUUUUCUGUUAAAGCCGCUUUCAAUUUGCCUGUGCAAAUGCAUCCGAUAGUUUUACAAGGCUCCAUGGAGCUAAAGAGGAAAAAUUAAUGAAUGAAGAAAUGAAAGUCUGCCAUGUGAGACAGACAAUAAAAGGCCUCCCCUCUCCCCGUGGAUUGUCUAAUCAUUAACAUCUAAUCCACGUGAUAAUCACCCAACCUGUGAAAAAAAAUAUCCCCAAUUACACAUCGAAGUAGCCUGAUAAAUCUUUACAAUUGUGUCUCCCAGUAGCACGAGAAUCAGAUGGCGAAGGCUGCAGAGUGCGUUUAAAUCCUAAAUGAUGGAAAUUGGAUUCGCCAUCUAUAGAGGAGUGGAUUGGGGCGACCACUCCUCGUUACCUCUGGCUCUAUCAUCAGAGAGGUGAAAGGCAAUCAGGCCUGCAAAAGGCCAUAAAUCAUGGGACUUUCCCAGCUACUCAGGCCUGCACAGCGGCCUCCCACACAGGGGAAACGAAGGGCAGAGAGUCUGAUUGACUCACAGGGGCAGAGAGAGGGCGCGAAAAAGGGUGGAGAGAGAGAGAGAGAUCCUGUGACUUAAUUAAAGUGUUGUGUAUCUCACACACACUGUAACUACGGUUCAGUCGCUUCAGUGACAGAGCAGCGGUGUGGGAUUCGUUAUUGUUUUAACUGUAUAUGUCAAGAAAAAUAUUCUGGUCUCAACUAUUUCCGAAAGAAAAAUACAUUUAAGGGACAUGAAGUACAUCUACAAACAUUAACACUAGAAUGGCACACAGUAGAACACAUACCUCUCUCAACACACACACUCAUAUAUAUUAUUUCCCUAAAUAUUAAAUUUUUUCAUCAAGAUCCAUGAAUUAGUCACAGAGAAAUUGGUGAAAAUGCAAAAGAAAAAUUUCCUAUCUCGCAUUGUUAAAUAAAAUGAAAAAAAAAUUCCUGGAUCCACGUCUUUGUACAGAUCAUUGACAAAAUGUAAUGGGUUCGUUCUUGGCCCAUGUGCCCUCACUCCACCAAGUUUAGUGGAAAUCUGUCUACAAACAAGCAGAUAAAAGAAACCAACACACACAGGGGCGAAUACAUUAACCUCCUUGGUGGAAGUAACAUGUAACUGAGCCAGAAAAACAACAAAAACAAUCAGUAUCUUCACUUCACUCAUAAUGUUUUGAGUUGAGAAUCAAUUUUAACAAAGAUCUAAGGUUUUCACACUAUCUGACACAUCACGACUCAAAACUGUUCAAAAAAGUGGCAAAAUGUUGCAGAGACUGAAAAUACAACAGUUCUAGAAAUCAUGCACCUGUAACACAGGGGGAAUAUUUAAUUCCAGCUCCACUAAUAUGAGAAUUUCAUCACCUCGCCUUUGUUUCAUUGAAAAUUAAAUAUCUUUUGUUCAGAGAAUAGAAAUCUUUACUGUCCUCUUGUGCGGAAAUUAGUUUUUGGCAGCAAAGCAGAGCACGUGGUUUAUUAAAAAAGGGAAAAUAAAUCACAAUGCAAACAUAAAAAGAGAAAUUAAGAUGUGUGCAAUAAAUACAAUAAACUAUCUUACAUAUAAUAUCUUUUCUCUGAUCAUGCAAGAAAGAAAUCAUAAUUUUUGCAAUUUUCUGACGAUUUAUAGACCACACAUUUAUUUGAAUAAUCAUGAAAAUAAUUGGCAGAUUAAACAAAAGUGGAAAAAGAUCAGUAACUGCUUUAAAUCUCAACCAUGUGUUAAAUGGAAACAAUGAUACUUAGUGAAGUAUUAAAAUAUAGUUUAUACCAUUUAUCCAUAUCUUCCUUGAUACGUUAGAUACCUACAUGCAAACCAAAGUAUAGUCUGAACAGUGAUGCUACGAAACAUAUAUAGAGUUCACUCAGAUGCAUCUUUACAGUCACAUCCAACACAUCAGCCUCUUUCGGUUCUGUUCACCUACUCUCUCUUCACAUAAAACUCCAAUGUAGCUAUUAAGCUGCUGUAACUGCACUGAAUCUGGCUCGUCCCUCUAUUACAGUGUUGGGGGGUCGUUUGUUUGGCCAGCACAGAGUCCCUCCUGCCUCAUUCCCAGGCCAAUCCUUUAUGAUUAAGCAGAUAAGUGCUGGUACUGGAUGAUAAAACAAACAACAAAUGUCCACAUUCCUCUCAUAGCUGCUUUGAUGCAUGUGUGUGUUUGUGUGUGAGUCACUGUGAGUUUGUGUGUGUGUGCCUCUCUGAUUCUCUUACCUCUCCGAGCCCCCUUUGCUAUAAUCAAACUGCAGAGUCAUAAACAGGAAGGGGACGGGGACUAUAAAAUUUAUCGGGGGGCUCUAUCAGCUGAGGGACAGGAGUUCACACCUCGGAGCGGGUGGGUCUCAAAGCGUGGAGGGGGUCAGCACAGGGGUCGGCCUGCUGAGGGGGUCCGAGGCUCCGUUUGAUGUUCCUGAGACAGAAAGCAGAGAGGGAGAGACGGUGCUGUGCUGACACAGUGGGAAGCUAACAGAACAUUUCACUGACUUUCCAGGAGUGGAAUUAGUGUUUUCGCUUGUUAUGAGCAAAUUCCAACUAUAUAAGGAUCCGGAAUUUUGUUUAUCAUGUGUAAGACUAUUAGAUUUAUUCAAAAAACUCUACUGGUUUAUAAUUAUUUUAUAAUUUACAUCAUCUUUGGCCAUUGUUGUGUGUAAGAAUGUGAUGGGAACUAGUGAACAUUGCAAACUUGUGAAUUAAAUGAACAACAGCUCCCUGGAAAAACCUUUAACUGGGAUAUUUUGAAUCGAAACUUUUAUUUUGAAGAACUUAUUAUUUUUCAUUUGUUAAAACAGGUCACAGAUACAGUGUCUGUUGAUAUUCUUUUUUUACAGACCUGUGAAAAACACACGAAAUUAAACAUUUCACAUGUUUCCACCUUUUUCAUGUCUGAAGAACCAGAAAAAAAAAAAUAUUUUGAAAAUGC